AUGUCGUCCGUCCAGAGUAACCCAGAAGGUCCGUUUUUGGAAUCCCCAUUUCGCUUGACUUGUGUUCCUGACCACAAGCAGAGACACACAUCUUUGCCAUCCUCUAUCCGGCUCCGGGCAAGAUGGAACAGCAAAGAGGAAGAAUGGACAACACGAUAUGUCAUGACGCAGCAAAUCAAUGUCGAGGAGCCUGCUCUGUACAUGUUCGAGACAUACACGACUAUGGCCAACGCUGGCAAGCACACAAAGACGGAGCAUUUUCAGGCACUUAUUGCUGCAUGUGACAAGGAUGGCAUCAUGGCCAAGCCACCACAACUGGCAUUCACCAAGACUGUUGGCGGGUUUGACCUUGACCGCAAGAAGAUUGAUGUCAAGAAAGCGUAG